CUGCAGCGUGAAGCGGGACAAACAUGGCAGCCUCCAUAUCACAGCAGCUUGAGGAUUUGUUAAAUCCUUUACCUAAGUUCGUGGAUCCUGAAGACGACCAAGAUGAAGAGACUAAAGCCAAAGUCAUAGAGAAUUUUGAUGAAGGUGAUGAUGAUGAAGAUCUCGCGUCUGGUGAUCUGCGGAAGCGAUCUGUUGCCCUUCUGGCAGACACUGAUCGUCGAUAUCGUGGCAAAACAACGUCCAGAAAAGACCUACAGAAAGAGUUUGAUGGAUCAGCGGAUGAAGAAGAAGAGGAUGAUGAAGAUAAUGGAAUGUUGGAUAAGUACAUGGAGAGCAUCAAAGACGAUGAUGACGAGGAGGAUGAGAAUGAUGACAAAGAACAAGGUGGUGAUGAUGAUGAAGAACAAGAUGAUGAUAAGGAGGAUCUUAAUGCAGAUGAUAGCUUAGUCUCCAAGAUGAAAUCCACGGACUUUAUGAAACUCACAGAGGGGAUGGAUGAUCUGGGAGACAGCGAUGAGGAAGAUGAGGACUCGGCUGCCAGUGAUGAAGAGGAAGCAGACAAUGAGGAAGAUGAGGAGGAGGAAUCAGAGCUGAGGACUUUUUCUAAAGAGAGGGUGGAUGAAGAAGUCGAAAAAGGGAAAGCAGUGAAAAACCAGCUUGCUCUUUGGGACCUGAUGCUUGAAGGGCGAAUCAAAAUACAGAAAGCUCUUAUGUCAGCCAACCAGCUUCCACAAUCACAGACAUUCCCAGAGUUCAAGAGCAGGGGAGGGCCUAAAUAUACCGAAGCUUUGAAAAAUAGUCAUAAAGCCCUGAAGGCUCUGCAGAGGUCUCUACUGGAGCUCCAAGAUCUGCUGCUCUACCAAAACCCAGAAACUCGAGCCAUCUCCCAAGGGAAGACCUGGGGAGCCAAGAGCAAGAGUAAAGAUGAUGAAGAGAUAAUGAGUGAUGAGGAGGAAAUGGAAAAUGGGGAUGAUGAGAAAAAUGCAGGUCGAAACAGACCCCUCAAGAGAAAGCUGGAGAUGGCAGAGUAUCCCAACUUCAUGGCCAAACGUUUCGCAGAUUUUCUGCCUUACCAGGAUGCCACGCUGCAGAAAUGGUACGACAAGACGCGGCUCACAGUGGGCAAGAGCAAUAAGGGGUUUGGAGCCUUUGACAGGAAUAUUCUGACACAGGUGGAGCAGGUGUUAAUGGAUAAAGAAAGGCUGGUGAGACGCACACAGACAUGCAGGUCUGAAUACAGAGUUCUGGGCAAGCCAGAGCCUACCGUCUCUGAAAUAGACAGCAGCAACACAACUGAAGGAGAGGCAGCAGAUCUGGGUUUGAAAGCUAAUUUGCAUCUCAAAAAUCUGGAUGAGGAGAUCUUUGAUGACGAUGACUUCUACCACCAGCUCCUUCGAGAGCUUAUCGAGCGCAAAACAAGUGCAUCAGACCCCAAUGAUCAAGUGGCCAUGGGAAGGCAGUGGCUUGCCAUCCAGAAAUUGCGUAGUAAAAUUAAGAAGAAGGUGGACACCAAAGCCAGCAAAGGCAGGAAGGUCAGGUUCCAUGUUCACAGUAAGCUGGUGAAUUUCAUGGCUCCUGUGGACAACAGCAGCAUGAAUGAUGAUGCCCGGUCUGAGUUGUAUCGUUCUCUGUUUGAAAAUGGUCCAGUGAUGGCACACUGAACUCAGCAUCUGUUUCAACACACGUAAACCCCAGAGCCUAAUAGGAAGUGUGUAUAUACUGCACUGUUGUCAGUGACACACGUCUGCUGCUCGUGCAGGUGAAAGCCUUUAGUGACAGACUCAAAACCUUGUUUUGUUUUAUUUUUCCAUGUUAAUUUUUUUUUUUUAAUUUGUGAAAAUACCUGUAAAUGAAACCAAAUGUUUAAGGAUUGCAAAUUGACACAUUUUAAUGCCUCUUUAAUAUUAAAGUGCCAUUUUGUCAA